AGAACACCCAAAAGCCCAGUCCCCACGUCCCCCAAACUCGGCCUCCGAUCUGUACGCUCACAACCACCUGUUUUGGAAACCCUAAGGCCUAAGCUUCUAAGCACCCGAUAACCGAUCGUCCACCCCACGAAAUCUACCAUCCUCGACGACGGAGGGAUUGAGCUUCCCUUCCAGGAGAAUGUAAGGGGUUUGGUUUGGACGAAUGGAUGUGAUCUUCGGUGUGUGGUUGUUGUGUGGACAGGGAGGAGGCAGCAGCUGUUUGGUGUUGUGGUGGUGGUGGUUGUAUUCCUGCAGAUCAGUGGUGGUAGGUUUUGUUAAGGAUAAUAUUGAACAUGAGUUCAGAUAGCAGGAGCAGAAGCAGGAGCAGGAGCAGGAGCCCAUUGGAUCGUAAGAUCCGUUCUGAUCGCUUUUCUUAUCGUGAUGCACCUUACAAGAGAGAUUCACGGCGGGGUUUCAGCCGAGACAAUCUAUGUAAGAAUUGCAAACGUCCAGGUCAUUAUGCUAGAGAGUGCCCUAAUGUGGCAAUUUGUCACAAUUGUGCCCUGCCUGGACACAUUGCUUCAGAAUGCACUACAAAGUCGCUGUGUUGGAACUGUCGAGAACCUGGUCACAUGGCCAGCAAUUGUCCAAAUGAGGGCAUCUGUCAUACCUGUGGUAAGGCUGGACAUCGGGCUAGAGAGUGCACGGCUCCCCAGCUACCACCUGGCGACUUGAGGUUGUGCAACAACUGUUAUAAGCAGGGUCAUAUUGCAGCUGACUGCACAAACGAAAAGGCAUGCAACAAUUGUAGGAAGACUGGCCACCUGGCACGUGAUUGUCCAAACGAUCCCAUCUGCAACUUGUGCAAUGUAGCUGGGCACGUAGCUAGACAGUGCCCAAAAUCCAGCAUUCUUGGAGAACGCGGUGGCGGUGGCGGUGGUGGUGGUGGUGGUGGUGGUGGUAGUGUUCGCAGCAGUGGUUACCGCGACAUUGUAUGCAGGAAUUGCCAGCAGCUGGGUCAUAUGAGCAGGGAUUGCAUGGGCCCCUUGAUGAUAUGUCACAACUGUGGUGGACGGGGACAUCUGGCAUAUGAGUGCCCUUCUGGCAGGUUUAUGGAUCGCUAUGCCAGGAGGUACUGAUGAUGGAUGGCAGAUCAUUUUCUGGGCAAUCUAUUUUCUUAAUUAUGUUUUUACCUUGAGCAUUAGUGGCUUAGCUUUUGGACAAAAUUGAAGGUUGAGACUUAAUAGUUGCUUAGCUUUUGGACAAAAUUGAAGGUUGAGACUUAAUAGAUUGUGAGGAAUGGAUUUGAAACUUUAUUUGGCAGGGUUGUGCUGAUAUUGAUGUGGAGCGUUUGUUUUU